CUCCAGUUUCAUCUCCAGAAAGAAGAAACUUCAGAAUGAGCGGAAGAGGCAAGACCGGAGGAAAGGCCAGAGCCAAGGCCAAGACUCGCUCCUCCCGCGCAGGACUGCAGUUCCCCGUGGGCCGUGUCCACAGGCUGCUGCGCAAAGGCAACUACGCGCAGCGUGUUGGUGCCGGAGCCCCCGUCUACCUGGCGGCCGUCCUGGAGUAUCUGACCGCUGAGAUCCUGGAGCUGGCUGGAAACGCUGCCCGCGACAACAAGAAGACCCGCAUCAUCCCCCGUCACCUGCAGCUGGCCGUCCGUAACGACGAGGAGCUCAACAAGCUGCUGGGUGGAGUCACCAUCGCUCAGGGUGGAGUGCUGCCCAACAUCCAGGCGGUGCUGCUGCCCAAGAAGACCGAGAAGGCCGCCAAGGCCAAGUAGAGCUGCUGGCCGUCAACACUGCUGGACCUCAGACCCACAAAGGCUCUUUUAAGAGCCACUCACCUCUAACCUUCAGAGUGAUUCACUGCUAUGAGGUUUUUCUUACUUCGUUUAUGGAUCAUGUUGGCCCAUAAUCUGCAUUCAACUAUUAAAUCAUUUCAGAAAUAUACAUGUAUUCUAAAUCACAAACACUCUGUGUGUUUUUUCCUCUGGAAGAUUCAUAACCUCUAAAUUACUUUUCAGCUGGGAAACUUUUCCUCCUUUAGACAUGUUUAUGUUUAUGUUUUCCUUCAUGUUGCCAAUUGAGUCACUAGAUAAUUGAACAUUAAAAUAUUUCUCAACUUGAGACUUUUAUCUCCUAAAAUGUCUG